AUAUCGGACAUCGUGGUCAAUCGCGCGGCAAUUGCGCAUGAGGGACAUGAAGGGCUGUUCAUCACGGUGCCGAUCGUGCUGACAGCGACACAAGCAACAAUAUGGGAUACAAGAGGAGGUUAGGAUUCGGAACAUUUUUCACCGUGCUGAUCGUGCUAGCGGCGAUCUACUAUCGUAACACAGAUGACAUUUUGCAAAAACGGCUACUUACCUUGUUACACGGCCUCGAGAGGCUUGAGAAUAAGCACAUCAUUACCAAGAGGCCGAAAGUCGCUAUAGGUUAUGGCGUGUGCACCGACGUCUUCAUUGACGCAAAACAUCUGCUAAGAUAUUCAGACGAGAUCGGCCGACCUGAACAUUUUGAUGAAAUUAAUACCGAGCUCGAGCUACUCAAGAGCUUCGCUUAUUAUUUUCGCCAUGGAGCCGCGGCCGAACGCUACAUGGCAAAUAGAACUCUAUUCGACGAAUUGGUAUCGAAAGCACGAUCAUUUCCUUCAUCUUAUUCGACAAUUGGAGGAAAUGCAGCAGUUAUGGCAAUGCGGUUUGCGCGAGAGGGAUGUGAUGUGACUCUCGCAGCUAAGCUGACCAAAUCUUUGCAUCAGAUGAUCCCGCAAGUGAUAAAUGUAGUAGGUGGAGAGGUAAAACGUGACGAUAUUCAUCUCAUUAUGGAAUAUAAGCAUGGCGAAGUAUGGGGCCCUUAUUCUAGUGCGAGAGCAAACAGAUAUAUCGUUCAUAACGACGUGAAUAAUCCAAUGAUCAGUUCGUUCAAUGCCUUUGAUAAAAUCCUAGGGACCUAUGAUCCUGAUUUGCUAGUAGUCAGUGGCCUCCAGAUGAUGGACAAUUAUCCAUUUCGGGAAGACAAGCGUAAGAAUCUGUUGAUGAACGUGAAGAAACAAAUGGUAGAGCGUCCGAGUUCUACCAGAAUCCAUUUCGAGAUGGCCUCAUUCGCCGAGGAUAAAUUACUUUUCGAGUUGUGUGACUUGGUGGUUCCUUUUGCCGAUAGUUUGGGAAUGAAUGAACAAGAAAUAGCGAAUUUGUACAACACAAUGUAUUACGGUAAUAUCUCAUUAGUUGCUAACUCGACCCCACGAGUUGCGACGGUGUUGGAUCAGAUGAGAACGUUAUUUAAACUCAUACGUCUGCGAGGAAAGUCGAUCGCAAAUUCUAGAGAGCUCACAAGAAUUCAUGUGCACACGUUGGCAUAUCAAGCUAUAUUUACCGUCAAGGAUUCCAUUUGGAAGAAUACUAUGGCUGCUGCAGCCAAAGCAUCGUUAACUGCACACAGACAUGUAUGUGCAUCAAGUAAUGUAGAUGUAAAAAAAGCAACAUUAAUUAUGGAUGAUAGUUUCUCAACGUCUAUCGUUGAUGGUACUAGAAUAGCAUUAAACAUCGAUAAGCCGGUGUCUUGUUGGGACGAAGUUCUGAAAGUGGAGCAAGAAGAUAUUCCUAUUCAAGUGUGCAUCGCUCCCGUGUUGGUUUGCACGGAAGCUAGUCAGACGGCAGGUGGCGGAGACAACAUUUCCAGCGCAGGCCUAGUACUUCAGAUCUAAUUAUCGAUACGACGGGAUCGUUUUAUUGCACCGGCGUGUUCGCGUUAUGAAUUGUAAAUCUUUUGCAUCACGUAUAUAUAGAUGAACAUAUAGACGAACGGAAAUCCUAAGAUAGGCCUUUAAUCAUGUUUGUAGCAUGUGAGAAUCAAUAUCCAUACUUUAUAUUGGUCUUUACAUUCCAUUUGACUGCAAGAAAGAUAGAGACUGGAUACACAAUUAUCAUUAAGCAUCGCUAUAUUAUGUAAAGCACGAUUUGAUUCUUUUAUGCACUCGAAUGCAUUUUAUCGAGUCGCUCUGCCUAUUACAAUUAUCGAUAGCAAUUUGGUACUAAAUGUUUGCAGGUAUUGCAUUGUUAUUCUCGCAUUUGUAGAUUAAUUUUAAUCGAAAGAUGUUCAUUCCGAUAUUGUAUUACGUAAGCUGUGGUAGAUUAAGUGUUUUUUAUAACGUAAUUUACGAAAUCGAAAACAAAAAAUUUCCUAAACUUGAGUGAAAAUGGAUACUUAAGAAUUAAAUAGUGUCAUGUGAUCUAUAUUUCCAUAGCGAUAACUUCAACGAUUACAUAGCAAUAGAUGUGCAGUUAAUAUUAAUAACAUUAUCUUUGAAAAAUGGAGGCAAUGUGAUAUUAUCUUUAGAAAUCGAUUGUAAGAGUAAAGCAAAAAGCAAAAAAA